AUGUCCGCGCACGCGCGCACAGGCCGGCACGUAACAAGGUUCCAACCGCACCGAGCGCCGACGCCGCGAGGACUGAGCCGCCCCGCCUCCUGCGUCGCAAUUUAUGUAUGCCGCCGCCUACGCACCGCGGCGGGCCUGCCUCCCCCCGCCGCCGUGGACCUGGCUCUGGCCAUGCGGCUGUUUUUCCACUCCAUCCUCGGUCCCCGACGUCUCGGCCUCUCCCCCAGGCCGGUGGAUUCCCAGCCCAGCCCAGCCCAGCCCAGCCCAGCCCAGCGUGCCAUGUCCCAGCACCUGGUCCUCUUGCUGGUGAUGCUCGCCAUCAGCCCCCUCCCGGGAGCCUUCCAGGAACCAGACUGCGGCCGCCCUGAGCCCUCUGCCCGCAUCAUGGGGGGCUCGGAGUCGCGGCCCGGCGCCUGGCCCUGGCAGGUGAGCCUGCAUCACAACGGGGUGCACAUCUGCGGGGGGUCGCUCAUCGCGCCGUCCUGGGUGCUGUCCGCGGCUCACUGUUUCGUGGAGAACGGGACGGUGGAGCCCGCGGCGGAGUGGUCGGUGGUGCUGGGCGUGCACUCCCAGGACAGGCCCCUGGAGGGCGCGCACGUGCUCGCGGUGGCCGCCGUCCUGCUGCCAGACAACUACAGCCGCGUGGAUCUGGGCGACGACGUAGCGCUGCUGCGCCUGGCCGAGCCCGCCCUGCUGGGGGCGACAGUGCGGCCAGUCUGUCUGCCCCGCGCGGCGCACCGCUUCGCCCACGGCGCGGCCUGCUGGGCCACAGGCUGGGGCGACGUGCAGGAGGCCGACCCCCUGCCUCUCCCCUGGACGCUGCAGGAAGUGGAGCUGAAGCUACUGGGGCCGGCGGCCUGUCAGUGUCUCUACAGCCGGCCGGGCCCCUUCAACCUCACCUUCCAGCUGCUGCCAGGGAUGCUGUGCGCCGGCUAUGCCGAGGGCCGCCGGGACACCUGCCAGGGAGACUCCGGGGGGCCCCUGGUCUGCGAGGAAGGCGGCCGGUGGUUCCAGGCAGGCAUCACCAGCUUCGGCUUUGGCUGUGGCCGGAGGAACCGCCCGGGCGUCUUCACGGCUGUGGCUUCCUAUGAGGCGUGGAUCCGCGAACACGUGCGGGGCUGGGAGCCGGGGCCCGCCUUCCCCGCCCAGCCCCCCGAGCCCCAGCCGGGCCCCCAGGAAGCCCCGGAUGAGAACUGCACGCUCGCCCAGCCAGUGUGCGGGGGGGCCCCGCGGCCCGGGGACUGGCCCUGGGAGGCCCGCGUGAUGGUGCCGGGAUCCAGACCCUGCUACGCAGCGCUGGUGUCGGAGAGCUGGGUGCUGGCACCUGCCGGCUGCUUCCCGGACCCCGUCAGCGCAGGCCGCCAGCCCCGCGACCUGGCCGCCUGGCGCGUGCUGCUGCCGUCAUGGCCGCGUGCCGAGCGGGUGUCGCGCCUCGUGACGCACGAAAACGCCUCGUGGGACGCCGCCGCCGACCUGGCGCUGCUGCAGCUGCGCGCGCCCGUGAGCCUGAGCGCGGCCCCGCGGCCCGUGUGCCUGCCCUACCCCGACCACUAUUUCCUCCCGGGGAGCCGCUGCCGCCUGGCGCCCUGGGGACACGGGGAGCCCGCACCGGGCCGGGACACCUUGCUAGAGGCCGAGUUGCUGAGCAGCUGGUGGUGUCACUGCUUGUACGGCCGCCAGGGGGCGUCGGUGCCCGGGCCCGGAGAUCCACCGCUUGCGCUCUGCCCCGCCUACCAGGAGGAGGAGGAAGCCAGUCAGUGCUGGAACUACUCACAGUGGAGCCUUGUGUGCCGGGAGGAGGGGAUCUGGUUCCUGGCUGGAAUCGGAGACUUAUCCGGUGGUUGCCUCCGUCCCAGAGCCUUCACCCCACUACAGACCCACGGCCAGUGGAUCAGCCAUGUGACUCGGGGGGCAUACCUGGAGGACCAGCUGGACUGGAACUGGAGCGAGCAGACUGACACACAGACUUGCCCCCCGCACCUUGAGCAUGCCUGUGGCCUGCGGCCAGAGCCUGCUCCAGCAGGGGGCCUGUGGCCCUGGCUGGCAGAGGUGCAUGUGGCUGGUGACCGAGUCUGCAUUGGCAUCCUUGUGGCCCCAGGCUGGGUCCUGGUAGCUACUCACUGUGUCCUCAGACUGGGCUCCACAGCAGUACCUCACAUUGAGGUGUACCUGGGCCGGGCAGGGGCCACUCCCCACCCCCAGGGCCACCAGGUCUCUCGCUGGGCUGUCAGCAUCCGCCUGCCCCGACACCUGGGCUUCCGCCCCCCCCUGGCCCUGCUGGAGCUGAGCUCCCGAGUGGAGCCCUCCCCAUCAGCCUUGCCCAUCUGCCUUCAACCUGGGGCUGCACCCCCGGGGGCCAGCUGCCGAGUGCUGGGCUGGAAGGACCCCCAAGACCGAGUCCCGGUGGCGGCUGCAGUCUCUAUACUGCACCCAAGGCUCUGCCACUGCCUCUACCAGGGCGUCCUGCCUCCGGGGGUGCUGUGUGUGCAGUAUGCAGAGGGGCAGGAGGACAGGUGUGAGGUGAGCUCGGCGCCCCCCCUCCUGUGCCAGACCCCCGGGGGCCACUGGGCUCUGGUGGGCAUGGCUGUUCGCGGUAGCCAGGAGCUGUUUGCCGCCCUCGCCCCUGAAGAAGCCUGGAUCUCCCAGACGGCGGGGGAGGAGGCUCACUUCCUGACCCCCAGCGGCUCCCCCCACUGGACCACUGUGGAUAGUGACUUCUGCCCCCCGGAACUGGCGGGUGCCUCCAGCACCCCUCGGGCGGCCCUGUUCCUCCUACUUCUGGGCCCCCUAAUCCUAGGCUGAAGAUUCCUGCCCGCCCCCCAUCUUCCUCGCCCCCUCCAGGCCUCCCUCCACUUCCUGGCCCCAAGGGGCUGGAAUGCGGCCCAACGGGUUCCCUCGGUCCCGGCCCCACCCACCGUGGCUGCAGCGGCUCAGAAAACCCGCCCUCCGCUCUCGGCUAUUUCGGGCCCGGGAAUCCCGGGGGCAGCAAGAGGAGGGACAAUAAAGGUGUAAACACAGA